AGCUCAGCGGUGAGUCCAAAUCCAAUAUGGCCGCCAAUCCAGAAUUUAGCCGAUAGCUGGCAAUAGCAAUAAUUAAGCCGAGAGUUCAUCCUUUUUAUUACUUUAUCUUCUUUGAAAUGUCUUGUACUCGAUUUUCCUAUGUGCUGACAAGCUCUUUGCGAGAAAUCGUGCCAAUUUUUGGCGUCAUUUUUGAUUUGGAUGGUACACUGACUGUUCCAGUUUUAGACUUUUCUAUUUUAAGAAAAAGACUAAAACUAAAAGGAUUCAACCUCACAGCGAACGACGAUAUAUUAGGUUCCCUGGAGAAGCAAAAGAGUUUAUCGGAAAAGACAGAGAUGCUACGAAUCAUAGAGGAAUUUGAAGCUGAAGGACGAGAGCGGUUUUCGUUGCAGCCUGGAGUUGACGAGAUGCUUGAAACAUUUGACAAGAGUGGAAUAAAGUUGGCCAUCAUGACAAGAAACGAUCACAGAGCUGUUGAACAGUUUUUAAAACACUUAAAACCCCGUUUUCAAGAUGGAAAAGUGUUCAGCCAUAUCUUAACUAGAGACUUCAAGCCAGUUAAGCCUGACCCUGCUCCGGUGUUGCAUAUCUGCAAGGAAUGGAAGAUACAAUGUUGCAAUACUGUUGUCGUUGGGGAUCACUUGCAGGAUAUAAAGUGUGGCAAGGCUGCUGGGGCAGUGACAGUUCUUAUCAACAAUGAUUCCAAUGCGUCAUUCAAAGAGAUUGCUGAUCACAAUGUUAAUACUCUGAUGGAACUUGUUAAUGAUUUACAAACAGAACAAGUUAUGAAGUCAAGUUAAACAUGAAAAUUAAUAGCAGGCUUUGUCAUAUAAUGUAUUCCAAUAUAAUUGGGCAUUCUUGGCAAUGAUAAAAAAUAAACAAUUGUAC